AUGGCAAAACUCCAAGAGACAACCCUGUGGGCAAAUCGCAAAUGCUUACUAAUAUGCUCCGCCGUCGCUAUCGCCAGUAUGCAGUACGGUAUUGAUACUGCUGCGGUGGGCGGUCUGCAGGCUAUGCCUGGAUUUUUGAUGGUAUUUGGGUACGAAGACCCGGCGAGCCCGCUUGGCUAUGGCAUUGAUGCAAUACAGCAACUUAUGACGUCUUUGCUCAAUCUAGGAUCAUGUGUAUCUGCCAUCGCUGCUGGUGUUUUCGGCGCCUACUUCGGUCGUAGGAAAGCCUUGUGGCUCGCAUGCAUCAUAUGUUUGGCUGCAGUGUCGCUACAGAUUGGCUCGACCUCUAAAGCGGGCCUUUACGUAGGACGCCUGUUCUUGGGUUUCUCCAACGGCUUCUUUGUCGUAUUCUCAACGGUGUACUGCAGUGAAGCAGCACCGGCGCAUCUUCGGGAAAUCAUGGUCGGGCUCUUCUCUUUCUACGUGAACCUUGGAAGCAUCAUCGGUUCCAUCAUAGACAACUACACUUCACGCUACCUGUCGAAACUCUCCUACCAAGUUCCUCUCGCAUGUAUGUUCAUCGUUCCAGUCAUGCUCGGCACAGCACUCUUCUUCGUCCCGGAGAGUCCGCGAUGGCUUUUACACCGUGACCAGCAUGAUUUGGCGCGCAAGUCUCUAGAGCGCCUUCGAUUCGACCACGGCGAAGAACUGGAGUUGGAGUGGGCGGAAAUGAUCCGUGGUGUAGAAGAAGAGCGCAGGUUGAGUCAAAGCUCAGGCUUUCUCGACCUCUUCCGCGGCAACGACUUGAGGCGCACACUGCUCUGUUGGGGCACAAUCGCGAGCCAGUCGGCGAGUGGCUCUUGGUUCUUCAUCGGAUAUCAAACCUACUUCUUCGCCAUCGCCGGGAUCACGAAAGCCUUUGAGUACAGUAUUAUGAACUCGUGCAUUGGCUUCGUGGGCGUUCACCUUGGCCUUUACUCCAUGAACAAACUGUUUGGUAGAAGGACGAUCAUGAUCGCUGGAGCGAUAGCGUGCGGUCUAUGUGAGCUGGCUUGUGGAAUCGCAAGUAGCGUAAAGCCCAAUUCAGUGGAGACUGGAAAUGUUUUAGUGGCUUUCACGGCAUUGUUCCUGUUUUGUUACAAUGCCGGAGUGGGCGUUGCGACAAGCCCUCUAGCGACAGAGCUUGUUAGUUCAAGGCUUCGAGCUUGGACGGUGGGAAGCGCGAAUGCUCUUGGAUAUUUCCUCGCUUGGCUGAUCGGCUUCUGCUCGCCAUACUUCAUCAAUCCCCAGGAUCUCAAUUGGGGCCCGCAGUAUACCUACAUAUGGGCUGCUUCAAACUUUCUGUGUGUGAUAUGGUUCUUCUUCUUCCUGCCGGAGACGAAAGCGCGAUCAUUAGAGGAGCUGGACGAGAUUUUUGAAGCGAGAGUUGCGGCACGAAAGUUCAGACUGUAUGAGUGCAGAAUUGUGGAGGAUGCGAAGCAUGACGUGUAUGGGAAGGAAAGCGUUGAGACAACAAAGCAAGCUGCUUGACAGAUCGUAUAUAUGCCCUCAGUAGGUGUACUGGUACUGCUUCUAUUACAACCCGUUCAGCAUGUGUAUUUUUCUAUGCUGCAUACUCUACGCUCCUCUGCUCCUUCGCGGCCUGCAAUGAAGCUUCGCACUUACAUGUAUUCCUGCUCAUCCUCGUAAGGUACUUUAAACCGAAUCCUCAAAAUCUCAUCAGCAAUCGCGGACGGCUCGUCUGGCGCAGGAAGUUCAAAAAACAUUUUCCAUCCCAGCGAAGGCAGGGUUAGUAUUUGUUCAUGAGUCCGAUUGGAAUGCCAAUGCGAUCCCUGGAAUCAGUCUGAAAUCCAUUGCCACGAUACAAGCGCUGUCCCGUAGCUUGUGGGGUCAGUUGUUGUAUUGUAGGUUUUCUCUCCAAC